AUGAAAUACAUAAUUGAACAUAUGGAAGAAGGAUUCAGUGAAUGGGUCAUCCUCGAAUAUUCCCAAAUAUUAAGAGACGUGGGCAAAGAAAAUCUAAUCCUCUCUUCAUUACCUCAUGGAACCACAGAAAAAGAUAUACCUAAACGUCUCUUAGAUUUAGGUUUACAAUGGACCACCAAGGAUUUAAUUGAUAUUCCUUCAGAUUUCCCCGAUUUGAAACCAUUACAAAAUGGUAGAGUUUGUCUCUUGGAUCCAAGAGCUGAAAUUGAUUUGAAACCAAGUGACGUCAAUGAGUUUGAUUAUUUCGUGUUUGGAGGUAUAUUGGGGGAUCAUCCUCCAAGGGAUCGUACCAGUGAAUUGAAAACUGCAUAUCCAAAUCUUUUGAUUGGUAGAAGAUUAGGUGAUAAACAAAUGACAACAGAUACUGCUAUUAGAACUACUCAAUUGAUAGUCAAGAAACAAAUUAAAUUUGAUGAUAUUAAGUUUAUGGAUUAUCCUGAAUUUAGGUUUAGUAAAUAUGAAGCUACUGAAAUGCCAUUCAGAUAUGUCGUUGAUACAAAGACAAAGAAACCGAUCUUACCACAGGGAAUGAUGGAAUUGAUUAAAAAGGAUUCUCAACAAAGUUUGGACGAUUUGUUGUGA